AUGUAUCGUUUCUCUUCUGACCGUCAAAAUAUAGCGAUUAAACAAAGUAAAAAAACAAUGUCUGAUUCAGCAUCAACUACAUCGACAAGUCAAGAUUUUGAUUUUAAAUUAAGCGAAAUGGUUAAGAAUAUAUUAAAUAAUCCUUCAUUUAUUCAAAUUAUCGUCAGUCAGGUCAAAGAACAUUUUAAAAAUGAAUUAAUUGAAGUAACUCAAACAUU